AGCGGCACUGAAGCCUUUCUGGUGGGUGAUGUUGGAUAUUGUCGCAGCUGAAUUGUGCGUUUCGGCGCAAUCCCGUCGUAUUUAAAACGUUUUCGGGCUGCUGCGGGACUGAAAGCAGCAGUUAAAGUUCUUCGGACUGGUCAUGGCAAAGAAAUCAGCAAAACCCAGCUGGGUAGUUUUUUUUUCUAUAGCUAUAACGAUGGCAAUACUCGUGUGGAGUCCGAUCAGCGCUCAACCUUCCAGGAGUCGCUUUCACCAGCCAACCCGGACCUCGGAGCCUCUUGUGAUACCUCGCCAUGUUCCUAGGAUGUAUCUGAGCCCAGAAGAGCUCAGACAACUGUACUUCAAGCCCACCAUAGGCCCCAUUCAGCUGUCAGAGGGCCAUGAAGCCAAACUGAACUGUUCCAUUGACAUUCCUGAUACCAGACUGGACCCUGUCAUCCUCUGGGUGAAGGAUGGUAAGGACCUGUCUGCAAACAUCCAGGUGGGGAUGAAUGAGCUCAAGUCCAUAGCAGAUGGGGUCUUAACUCUCCUCUCCACUGUCAUAAUUAAACAAGUGCAGAGAGUGGAUGCUGGAGAGUAUCGUUGCCGACUGAUUAUCAGCAAUAUGUUGGUAGAGUCUGAUCCAAUCAGUAUUAGAGUAGAAGGUCUACCAACAUUUGUCAAGCAACCAGAGGACAAGAACGUAACAAGAAAUACACCUUUCACCCUGUCAUGUGAGGCGGUGGGCCCGCCAGGCCCCGUUCAUAUCCACUGGUACCGUAAUGGAUCACCUUAUCCUGAGGUUUACAACUCUCCCAGCAACUUCUCUGUGGCAGGUGUGGACAAAUACACUCGCUUCAGCUGUGAAGCGAACAACACAAAGGGCAUCACCACAUCCAGAGAAGCACAUAUCAACAUUAAAGUUCUUCCCAGUCCCGUGUCUGAUAUUACUGUGACGGAGAGGCAAUCCAGUAAGUUGAUGUUGAGCUGGAGCCCUGGACUUGAUGGCUUCUCUCCACUCACCAAAUGCCAAAUCAGAGUUAAAGAGGUGAGCCGGAGAAAAGGGGAAGUGACGACCACCAGAUUCGUCAACGUCACAGUGCCGCCUUUCCACAAUGAAGUCCCUGGGCUGCAGGCUAUGACGCGGUACAACAUGAGUGUUUCCUGCAGCAAUGAGGUGGGGGCCUCUCCUAUCACCAUGUGGGUCCAGAGCAACACCACAGAAGGAGUGCCAUCAGUUUAUCCCCGAAAUGUCAGUGUACAGCUGAACGAUUCAAACCUGGUGAUCAGCUGGAAGCCUCCGCCCAGUGACAAGAUAAAUGGCAUCCUACGUGGUUAUGAUGUCAUUGUCAGAUAUGGCACAAAAGAGAAAAAGGUCCACAGUCUUACCACUUGGGCACAUGUACCUGUGCAGGAAUUCAACACAACAUACAGUGUGGAGGUGGCUGCAUGUACGCAGGCAGGAAGUGGCACGGUCAGCCCACGGGUUGAACUGUUUGUGCCAGAGGACAAAUCCAUCAUACGCCCUUCAUCCAUCCCUGAGACAACGGUUCCACAUCCUGUCCGGGUUAUACUGAUCGUGAUACUUACCAUCCCUAUUGUGCUGAUCAUCCUCUGGGGGGCUCGCUGUUUACAGAAAAGGACUUUUGACUCCUGUUUUAGGCAGCUGUGUGGAAAUGAAGAAAAGCUGCAGCCUGUCAUACAGUACACGCCGCAGAGGUCCUACAAUCGAUCAGCCAUAGGAAUCACACUUGGGAACCUUGGGAUUAGUAGUGAACUCCAGGCCAAACUUCAGGAUGUGAUGGUAAUGAGGAAUUGGCUCUCAGUGGGGAAAGUUCUUGGAGAGGGUGAGUUUGGUUCAGUGGUGGAAGGACAUUUUAGACAACCAGAUGGCUCUUCAGAAAAAGUUGCCGUGAAGACAAUGAAAUUGGACAGUUUUUCUCAAAGGGAGAUCGAAGAGUUCCUGAAUGAGGCCGCCUGCAUGAAAGAUUUCAACCAUCCUAAUGUCAUCAAACUGCUCGGCGUAUGCUUGGAAGUAGGCUCAGGAAACUUUCCUAAACCCAUGGUCAUUCUCCCAUUCAUGAAACACGGAGAUCUGCAUAGCUUUCUGCUGCGUUCACGCCAUACGGAGAGUCCAAUGUUCUUGCCCACUCAAACGCUCCUGAAGUUCAUGGUUGACAUCGCCUCAGGUAUGGAGUAUCUCAGUGGUCGUAACUUUCUGCAUCGGGACCUGGCGGCACGCAACUGCAUGCUGCGUGAUGACAUGACAGUGUGUGUAGCAGAUUUUGGAUUAUCUAAGAAGAUCUACAGUGGUGAUUAUUACAGGCAGGGCAGAAUUGCCAAAAUGCCUGUAAAAUGGAUUGCAUUAGAGAGUCUGGCAGACAGAGUUUUUACUGUAAAGAGUGACGUGUGGGCAUUUGGCAUCACCAUGUGGGAAAUUGCUACACGAGGCAUGACACCAUACCCUGGAGUCCAGAACCAUGAAAUUUAUGACUAUCUAGUUGAAGGACACAGACUGAAGCAGCCCCCUGACUGUUUGGAUGAACUGUAUGAAAUCAUGUACAGCUGCUGGAGAGCCGAUCCGCUAGACCGACCCUUCUUUCCCCAGCUGCGAGAGAUGUUGGAAAAGCUCACAGAAAAGCUUCCAGAGUCUUCCAGCAGGGAUGAUAUCAUUUAUAUCAACACCAGCUUUCCAGAGGAAGACCCUGAUGGAGAAGCACUUCAAACAGACCCUCUCGUGUUAAGCUCCUCACCUUCCUGCAGCCGUGUGGCAGCACAAAAUACAGUAGUUACCGCGGACAUUCACGACACCGUGGAGGAUGUGGAGGAUGGGGCCAGAGAUCGUUAUGUGGUGGUGAUCUCCUCUACUGCUCCCCUGAGAUCUGCUACAGUGGAUACUCCUCUCUUGUCAAAUGAUUCUUUAAGUCAAGCAAACGGGAACACUGAUACACCAGCAAUGGAUUGCAGCUCACAUGACCCCUCCUUCCUGCUAUAGCGAUUCAUACUGAGUAGUUACAACUAUUACUUUUGCUUGUUUGUACUAAUCAUUUUUACUCUGUUGCACUGGAAGCAUCUGCACAUUUCCUGUUGUGAAUUUUCAUAGAUCAUUUUAGAGGCAUUUUAUGCUUUAAAUGGCCAGCUUUACACGUCAGGAUUUGUCGUUGCUUGUAAGUUUUUGAGUGUCAACCUCAAACACGCUCAUGCACAUGUUCCAUAAGCUUAUGAUACUCUGAACUGUGAAAAGUAUUUACUGUAUUGAAUUCUGUGUUGCAGUGUAAAUAUUAAAUUGUA